UGUAAAGCAGGGAUUUCGGUGAGGCCUUGGCAGUGAUGGUUCUGAGCAAGAAAAUUCCUGACAUCCACAUUUUCAGCACCAGAGCCGGAGACGUGGCCAUUCGCCCUGACCUGAACUGUUACCUCCUCCUGCCCAAUAUACCAACCUCCCCCUGCGCCGAGCUACGGCCCCUGCACCCUACUGUGCAUGGCGGCAAACACUACUUCAGCUCCCGUUGGCAUGACUCUGUCUACGUCAUCAUGGGCAACAAAUUCACAGAGGCCCAAGACCUCAGUGUCGGGUCCACCAGCCAGGUCCGUGGCCUCCACCCAAGCUGCUGUGGGGGGCAACAUUACUUUGUCGUCUCUGGCGGCUUCGUCAUCAUUCUGAGCCAGGGCACUUCGACAGCAGUGAAGGACUUGGCCACGGGAGAACCAGUUCCUGGCCUGUAUCCGGGACACCAGUGGUCCACGGAGAAAGUGGGAAGCAUCCGUAGCUAUCUCUACUGGCACCUGUGGGAUAACUUCAGUGGAAGUUUCUUCACGUUACACCCCAAUAUCCUCAGCUUUCUGCCCGGGGGUCUCGGCCUCACCAAGGGGCCUGCAUUUGGGGCUUGGAAACUGUUAACAACCCUCCACAACUACUCUGACAUCCCCGUCGCCAAGUCACACAGACUGUUCCGGAAGGUGGGCUACACUAAGGAGAAGUUGGCUGACGUUGGAAAUGGCUGGUCAGCAUCUCUGCCCAAUUCUCCUGAGCCAAGCUGCGUCAUUGUGGAACUAGCCAAGGCCCAGUUUGCGCUACCAACUCAGUAUGGAGGGAUGGGCCUUGACACAGAACAAGAGGAAUGGGAAGAGGUCCAUGAGGAAGAGAAGAUCCUAGAAGCCGCACUGCAACCUAAUGAGGUGGCCUACGCAUGGCAGUACCAACUAGGCCUCGGCAAAGAAGCCAUUUUGUUUUGCAGAGAAAUUAAGGUCACCAGCAGUUCUGACCCACCCUACGAGAUCCCCCUGCCUCCUUCAUCCUAAAUC